GUUUUUAAGAGUCGACACUUUGAUUGUAACAUAUUCAGAAAUAACACUAAACAAGACCUCGAUUCGUCCGAAUUUAAAUUGAACUAAAAGAUUGUUUUAGAUCCCGACAUUAUACGAACAUUAAAAUCCAUUUAACAUUAAAAUUUUAAGUUUAUUUAACAAGGUCCGGCGUAAUCAUGGGUCCACUUAAUUGUGUUCUUGCUGUGAUGAUCUUUAUGAUAUGUGGUUGUGCAGCGCAGGAUUAUCAUAUUUUUUGCCAAUAUGACUUGGGCUCCUUUUACUUUAAAAAUGAGAGUCACGUUUAUACCUGGAACAUAGACACCAGGCUGUGCACCCACUUGGUUGUUGGACAUGGAUUCGGUGUAAACGAAGAGACCGGAGAAGUCAAAAUCACUGAUGAGUUCAUGCUCGUGAAACAUGGCAUUUUGAUGGAUGUUAGUAGACUAAAGAUGGAUAGCGUCAAGAAAAUUCUGUUUACUCUGGGUGGCUGGGCUAAUGGAGAAUCCCGACGACUCAACGAACUGAUCGCCUCCCCGGCCAAACGGGAAAAGUUCUACAAAUCGCUUACCGAUUUUUUGAGCAAAUGGCAUCUGGAUGGCGUCCAGAUUGACUGGCGCUAUCCUGCCAAAGGUAGUCAGCCCAAGGACAAGGAAAAUUUUGUCAUAUUCCUUGAAGAGCUCCAUCUCGCUGCCCAGAAGCACAAGUUCAUUCUGAUGGUGGCGGUCUUAGGGCGUACAGACAAGCAGACCUUGGAUGCCUACAACAUCCCCACUAUCGUAAAGGAAGCAGACUUUGUCAACCUGAUGCUCCACGACGAAAGAGACGUCCAUAGCCGGAAACUAACCUACAUGGCCCCGCUCCACGGAGCCGAGAACAGUGUGGAAGCUGCCGUGAAGUACUGGAUAAAGGUUGGCCAAGCCCCCAAAAAGCUUAUCCUCAGUAUUCCUCUAUUUUUGACCUCCUACACAAUGGAUAAAAAAAGGUUCGCUGUGGGAUCGGCCUGUAAGGGUCCCGGCAAGCAGACGCCGAUUACCCGUCGCCCUGGUUUUAUGACCUACAGUGAGUGGUGCCUGCACAUGACUAACUGGGCCCUUAACUUUGACAAAAAGUUGAUGGUGCCGUAUGCUACACGAGGUAACCAAUGGGUUAGCUUUGAAGACUCACGCAGCCUUUGGCCAAAGAUGAACAUAAUCAAAUCGAACAAACUUGGCGGCGCUAUGGCCUGGACCAUUGACGCGGACGACUUUAAUGGCAAAUGCGGCGAGCAGUAUUCCCAGCUCCGUAUCAUAUUCACGGCCUUGGGUGAUCAGAGUGCAUUAAUGACUACAGCCCCCACAACCGUGGCCAAUGGCCUUUGCCCACGUGAUGGUUUCCAGCGUGAUGUUUGGGACUGUAGGCUGUACCAUGAGUGCCGGAAUGGAGAGAGAAUCUACUACGAAUGCCUCAAAGGACAGUUCUUUGAUGAGAAAUUGGAAUAUUGCCGCCCCGAAAAGGAGGUGGAGUGCAAGCAGGACUUUGUUAUUUGGCGUCCGGGCAUGCCCCUUUAUGGCAUUGAUAACUUUCCGCUUAAUCUAAAGAUUGUUGAGUAGGGACCAAUCCCCCAAGAAACUGAGAAAUCCUGUUGGUCGUAUUAAAGUUUUAGCAAUUUACUGAGGAUAAA